GUUGGAACUGCCCCGGCUAAAAAAGUCCCUUCAGAAUACCGCUUCGCCGCAGCCGGACUGUCUCGUAUUCGAGAAUUCCCACGGCCACUUCUCACAGCAAGAUAAUAAUAUGGCCCGUCAUACCUCGAUGGAGUCUGAAAGACCGAUCAUGGCUGCCUCUACCCGCACCUCCAAGAGAUUCUCCACGAUGAGCGGCAGCCCUUCGAUCGCCCCCUCGGAGCGGACCAUCAGCAGCUUGAACAGCAAUGACCCCCGGGUCAUCGAGAUCACCCACCUCUCCGACGGCCUGCAGCGCCUGGAGAACAAGCCGCUGCAGAAACAGCGCUUCGUCCCGACGCCCGAGAAGUCAGAGAGCCUCAGCAAGCUGGCCCUGAGCGCCAAGGUCGAACGGGCUCUUGGUCGCAGAAUGACGGGCCAGGACGCUGUCAUGCGCAAGCCGCUGAAUGAGAAGCCUGCCGCCGAGCCGGUCGCUUAGGCGGCUGGUUCGUCUCCUUGCUUCUCUUGCUCGGAACGAGUCUCAAACACUUCGCCUCAUGCACUCACUCACUGCCAUACCCCUCGGCCUCAACUUGAUGAUUCUCUCUAUUUCGUUUGUCUCAUGUCUAUCGUAUAUUAUAUUUGGUUGUUAUGGUUUUCGGUUUUUCCUGAUGUUGUCCUCUAUGUUGAUAUGUGAUACUGUGAUUUAGAGUUACCCUGUUCCGCUUUGCCCUGUCUAUAGAUACCGAAUUGAUUCCAGCAAUGUAAUUGUACAUUGAA